AUGUCUUUUACCAAUACACCUGCCACUCGGCUCGGCGUGGUCGGCCUGGUAGCUGGCUCUAUCAUUGCGAGUGUUCUUGACGUCAAGCACUACUUCUAUAUUCUCAUUGACACCCACAUAUGGAGAUACCGGCAGUUCUGGAGAAUCUUGGCCUACCAGUUAUGCUAUGUCAACUCAACAGAGGUACUUUUUGCGGCCAUGUCGUUAUACAACCUUCGCAUCGUUGAGAGAAUGUGGGGUUCUCGCAAAUUCGCUUCCUUCUUGACUGUCACUUUCUUCAUUACCUCCAUCAUACCCCUUGUUGUCUCAAUGGUACUGCGGCCUCUCGCUGCUGGAUGGUUCAACUACAUCCCGGCUGGGCCAACUCCCAUCAUCUUUGCUAUUCUGGCCCAGUAUCAUGCCAUGGUUCCGCACAUGUACAAGUAUCGAGUUGCCACGUCUGAGGCACCUCCAACGGACCGACCCUUCGUUGGUCUCACGUUCUCGGAUAAGUCCUACAAGUACGCCAUUGCGUUGCAUCUUGCGAUGUUGCAAUGGCCAGGCUCGGUCCUGGGCGCAGCCACUGGAUGGAUCGUUGGAUAUUCGUGGCGAGAAGGACUUCUCCCGGCUGCCCUCGUGCGCUGGCGAGUGCCGGGCUGGGUUGUAGGACUAAGCUCCCAUAGACGAAGUGCCGAGUUUGAGGGCCUUCGACGUCGACUCGAGGAUGAAAACUCGACAACAGCUGUCGCAACCGGAGCUCAGGCUUCAACGGAGGGUCAGGCAGAGCGCCGGAGAACGAUGGGGCAACAAAUCAUGGAUCAAGUCCGAGAAGUGCUUUAG